GAGAGGGAGAGAGAGAGAGAGCUCCAGGCUUUAACUGGACUCCUAUUAUAAUGCUGCAGUCUGUUUUUUCUCCACUGCAAGGAAAGCAUCCACCUUUUCCACUCGGUGUCUCUGGGGUUGAAUUUGACCCCUCAAGGCAACUACCUGUCCUCAUCUACCUGGUGAGGAGACACAGGACGUACAGCUGAAGAAGGAAGAAAGGGACGACACUUGGAAUUCCUGUCAGAAGAACGGUUGAGAUCCGAGGCUGGGACCAUUGGGAAAUAAAACCAAGACUGAGUGUGUGAGAGAAAGAAGGAGUGUGUGUGUGUGUGAGAGAGAGAGAGAGAGAGAGAGGGAGAGUAGCAUAAAGAUCAGAAGCAGGCAGCAAAGAACAAGCUGAAGCACUGAGCUGAGGAGGACCACAGACCGGUGAAACGGAAGCAGGCAGCCUGCUGGGGUACCCACUGCAUGCUGAGGACAUCUCCGUGAAGAAGCAGCCACUGGAGCUACAGGAACUCUUUUUACCUGAUUUCAGAUGGAUAUACAUGUUUUUUUCUCUCAUGCUAUAUCUGUAUUCAGUUCUUAUACAACCUCACAACCUUUAUUCCUGUAAUUUGUUUUAUUCAUUCAUUCUGUUCUUUUAACUCAAACUUUCUGGUAACUGUUUUAAAUGUAUUUGUGUUAGUCGACGUGUCUGUGUAGACUUGCAUGGGAGAGUUGUUGUGAGUGAACAGGGGCGAGCUUCAACUAUAAAGCCCAGCUGAAGCGUUUCAAAGAGCUGCCAGAGCACCUGCCAGAGCCCAGCCCACAGGAGCUGUUCUCACUCUCAAAGUGAGAGGAAACUGGCUAGAUUAGAAAGGCGCAUGAGUGUCAGAAACGGAUUUCAAGAGAAGCCUGAAGCUUUACGGACAUUUUAAUCUCAUGGAAUUAUACGCUGGUACCAGACAAUUACCACCAUAGAUCUGAAAGCUGUUGUUUUAAUCUACGUGCCUGGUUGACUGGCAAAACACACCUUCCCUGUGGCACGACCAAUGAUGUAAACUUCAUUGCUUUUUUUUAGAGUCAAGCUUUUCAGAGAAGGGGUUUUUGUGGAGACGUUGAGCUGUUAGUGGAAAGGGGAUUGGGGAAGGGUCCGUUUGCAUUCUCCUCGCUUGUGACUUCACCUUUAUCGAUCUGGGGAUCAUCUGGCCUCUGGGGGCCACCGCGCCGGGCCCCAACCCCAAGAUGCGGCGCUCGAGCACGGAUGAGACGCCGUACCGGCGCAGUCCGUCACUGGACAGCAAGGCAGGCUCACCGCCGCUGCGCUACAGCGGGGAGUACGAGUACCGCAGCUCGCCGUUCACCUUCGGCUUCCGGACCACGCCGGGUCCGCAGGCGGCCAAGGGUCGCUACACGUCCACGCAGGGCAGGAAGUACGUGGUGUUUUACCUGGACCUCUCUUUCAUCUUCCUCCUAGAGCUGCGGCGCUGCAGGAUGGCAGAGGGCUGCAUGCGAGCCCUGCGCUAUGGCAUGGUCUUCUUCAACCUGCUCUUCUGGCUCGGGGGCUGUGGAAUCCUGGGUGUGGGGGUGUGGCUGUCGGUGACCCAAGGCAACUUUGCCACCCUCUCUUCCUCGCUGCCCUCCCUGUCUGCCGCCAACCUCCUCAUCGCCGUGGGGAGCAUCAUCAUGGUGAUUGGCUGCCUGGGGUGCAUCGGUGCUGUGAAAGAGAGCCGGCCUCUGUUGUUGAGUUUCUUCAUUUUGCUUCUCCUGAUCUUCUUUUUGGAGAUUCUGUUCAUCAUCCUCUUCUUUGCCUACCAAGACGAGAUUGAUCACCACGCCCAGAAGGACCUGAAGAGAGGUCUCCAGCUCUUUGGCACGGAGGGGAACAUUGGCCUGACCAACGCUUGGAGUAUUGUGCAAACUGAUUUCCGUUGCUGUGGCGUGACCAACCACACCGACUGGUUCGAGGUCUACAACGCGACCCGAGUGCCGGACUCCUGCUGCUUAGAGUACAGCGAUGCCUGCGGACUGGAGAAUCCUGGCACAUGGUGGACCGCGCCUUGUUAUGAGCGCGUGAAGGGCUGGCUGCAGGAGAACUUGGUGGCUCUGUGGAUUUUCGCUCUGUGCACUGCACUCACUCAGAUCCUGGGACUGGUUUUCUCAAUGACGAUGUUCUGCCAAGCAGUUAAAGUGGAAACAUUCUACGCCUAGAACAGGGCGGUUCCAUUCGUUGGCAAUGAGCUGCAACAGACACCCCCUAGAGCCAGGAGACGUCAGACAUUGAUUCAUUCUAACCUUGUUUUCUCACAGACUUUUCCCACAUCCAUUUUUUUUAUGUAUUUCUCAGCACAAACACCAUGCUUUUGUAACAUUUCUAUGAUCUCGGUAGCUCCAUUUCACAGCAAAUGGAAAAUGCCAGAAUCAGUCAUACAACCGUGGGCAACGGUCAGUCUUGUGCAAAAUGUUCAAUAUGUGAUGGAAUACAUAUCUUUUAAUCGUGUCUCUAGUUGUAAGACGUAAGAGCUUUUUUUUUUAUAUCAAAUCACCAACAAACCCUAUGAAUGCGAGCUCAGGGGUUUGAAGUGGCUGUCAGUGGGAAAACAACAGUACACAGUAUAUAGAUGUACCUGAAAAUGAUAAGGUCUGUAAUCUUUUCACCAUUUGUAAUUCUAUAAAUAUAUGUACCUUGUAUCUUUUCUGCUGAAGCACAACAGUAAUUUAUUGUUUUGAGAUUGAGGGGACCUAGCAGGUGGAGCGUGGGUGAACAGAAGCCCCCCUGACUCCAGGCUCCCUUUGGAAAUGAGGCUCCAGCACAAACCGUGGUUGCUAUGUUUUCAAACACACAGCUUACAAUCAGACCAGGGUGUUUUAUUCCCUGACAACAGAGCACAAUUGUUACCACGUUUGAAAUGACAGUGGCAUCACACAUGGAGUGAAUCGCACGGCAACUAUCAGCAAAGUAAUGAUGAACGGUAACCAAAAAUGAUCUUUGAGUCCACAGUGCGUGGAGCAGAUUCUGAAUUUAGUUGAUCAAAAAGGGGUCAGUAAGAAUAACAAGGCUCUUGAGUUGUAGUGCUUUCAGCUUUGAAUGAGUACAAUGUGAUGUUCUUCUUUGUUUAGACAAGGUGUUCAGUCAGCCCAAACCCCGACAUUAGGAGCAUGCAUCCGUGAAUGUAAAACAAGAAGAAAGACAGACAUGCAGGUGUGUGUAGAGGGAAUGGGUUGUAUUUGUGAUGAAUAGCUGAGUACAGAGACCUGAGAACGCUGGGGCGCUGUGGAUCUGCGUUGCGUAGCUCAGAGCUCGCCCUUACAAUCGGAACUGGCAGAUGCCUGUGACAUCAAAGGGAACGGCAACAAGCUUUUGGGCUGAAUCCAGUCAGGUUGGUGGGGUGACAGAGGGAAUAGCAGGGGGGAGAGAGGAGAGGAGAGAGACUGUAGGGCAGGGAGAUAGAGGGAGUGUGUGUGUGUGUGUGUGUGUGUGAAAAGAGUUGUGAGGUAGGGCAGUUGCGUGGUCUUGAUCUCUGUAUGUGUGUGUGUGUGGAUGUUUGUGUGUGUGUACCACAGCGUUUUGUGCCGAUGCUGCAAGUGAGAAUGCACUGUGGAGCCCUGUGGAGUCGCACUUCCACACCGUGUCUGAAUUCAUGACCUCUGGGGAAUCACGCUAACAGGCAGCAUGAAUGCCAGUGCAGGCUCUGCAAAGGCAUUUCAGUAAACCAGAACAGACCCAUUCAGAUGCUGCCACUCUGGCAGACAGAGACAAGGGAAUUUGUACAGACAAGUGAAUAUCAGUAUGUUUCCAACUGACAAUGUACCCAUCUUCUUAAUGAUGACCAAGACUUAUAAAAAAAAAGAUAUAGCCACAAAUAAAGGUUUUCUAAUAAAGUCUGCUAUGCCCUC